AUGGCAGAAGCGAUAAACUCCACGGGCGGCGCUCAGGCUACCAUGCUCUCCAAACCGGUCGUCAUCCCUGCGCUCAGCACCAACUAUGACUCGAAGUAUAUUCGCGCAUAUCCGCCCGAAUUGGAGAGAUACGACAUCUCCAAAGAAGACUUCCUCAGGUUCCUCGACAAACUGAGCGAGCUUGCAUCCCCAAGCACACCCCUGAGCUUGCUCAGCGUCGCAUGUGGUGUAGUAAGUCUGGUCCCCGAACCCCAUUGCGUCCUGGUCGGCAACAUCGUCAGCUGGGUUGCAGAGGACGCCGCCAACGAGGCAGCCGUCAAGAAGACAAAUAUCUUCCUCGAGUCUGCGAAUAGGAAGCUAUGGGAACCCCGCGGUCUACACGCUCGCAUCGUCAAGCUCGCUACUGCUGCCCAGGUGGCCAACAUGCCCAUCCUCGACGGUUCGCGAAAGGACGGCAAGAAAGUCCGGGUCGACAAGAAAGCUGUCGUGCUCCCGCCCGUAGAUGAUUCAUCUACCGAGGUGCAAAGGGAGUCGAGCAGCUACCUCGGCACGCGCAGCAUCCGCAGGCUCCGGGCCUUGGAACCGUGGACCUCUCCACUCGAUAUCCAGCCACCGGCAUCACAGGACAAGCUCGAGAAGCAGAGCGCGCUCGAGGCAAAGUUCAAGAACUGGGAUCGCGAACAACAAGAGGCGAACACGCUCAAAAAGCGUCGGCAGUUCCAAGAGAAGUAUGAAAAGAAGCGCCACGAGGUCACCGAGCGGUACGAGCGGCAUAUGCGCGAUAUUUCAGAGGAGGAGAGCAAGGUUUCCGCCAAGGCAGAGAAGAAGGGAAAGUCGCUGGAGGAGACUACGAAGGCAAAGUAUGAGAACAGGCGCGCACACGAGCGCCAAGAGUACGAGAAGAAGAUGGCUAGGAUUGAACAGCAGAUCCAGAACAGGGAUACAGAGGAGGACAAGAUGCGCAAGAUCAAGAUGCUCCUUAUCUGCAGGAUUGAGGACAUCGACCGCAUCAAGCCCGUCGAAGAGGACUCUGACUGGUAA